CUGACUGGAGAGAACUUCCUCUCGCUACGUCACUCUGGGAUAGGCUGCGAGCUAUCCAGCAACCCUGUCAGCCAACUGGGUUUCGUGCAGAUUAUAUACGCUGCCAGUGGAGCCCCCCAAAAGCUGGAGAAAGUAGCCUUUAUUGGCGUUAGGUUCGAGGCUUCGGGAUUACAGACAUCGCCAGUUUCACUGCUCUCGUCGAAACUGCCAGUGGGGAUUCAUGCUGUGUUGGUUAGCUAAAUGCGGUACGAAGCUAAAAUGAUGCCGAUGUUCCUGACUGUAUACCUCAGUAACAAUGACCAGCAUUUUACCGAGGUUCCCGUUACCCCAGAGACUCUGUGCCGGGAUGUGGUGGAGUUGUGCAAGGAGCCGGGAGAAACUGACUGCCACCUGUCUGAGAUGUGGCGUGGAUCUGAGAGAGCUGUAGGUGAGGGUGAGAGGAUGUUGGAUUUGCUCCAAAGAUGGGGGCAGCACAGGAUGGAGGUACGCUUCUUUCUGCGCCACAAUCGACCCCCGAGCAGGGAAUCAGGAGGGUCAAGAGGCUCAGAUGCCAAGAGAAAUGGAGUGAGGGGUCCCCCAGACCGAAGAAUGGAGAAUGGAGUUGCAACACCUCGCAUGGACAUGACGUUGGCUGAGCUACAAGAAAUGGCUGCCAGGCAGCAGCAACAGAUAGAAUCCCAGCAACUGCUUCUCGCUUCCAAGGAGCAGCGACUGCGGUACUUGAAGCAGCAGGAGCAGCGUCAACAGCAGCAGGCGUCUGAGCAGGAGAAGCUCCAGCGUCUCCGUGAGAACAUAGACAAUCAGGAAGCUCGGCUCAAGAAGGUCCGAGCCAUCAAGGGCCAAGUGGAGCAGAAACGCCUCAGCAAUGGAAAACUGGUGGAGGAAAUCGAACAAAUGAAUAACCUGUUCCAGCAGAAGCAAAGAGAACUAGUUAUGGCUGCUUCCAAGGUGGAGGAGCUCGGCCGGCAGCUGGAGUCACUUAAAAGUGGCAAAAUGGAUAAUUUCAAUGACAACCAAAGGUCUGUGGCUGAACUUGACAGACUGUACAAGGAGCUACAGGUGAGGAACAAACUCAACCAAGAUCAAAACUCCAAGUUGCAGCAACAGAAAGAGAGUUUAAACAAGCGCAACCUGGAGGUGGCUUCUAUGGACAAACGGAUCACUGAGCUCCGGGAUCGGCUGUGGAAGAAAAAGGCUGCCCUUCAACAAAAGGAGAAUUUGCCUAAUGGCUAUCCUGGUAAAGAGAGGGCUUCAAAAGAAACUCACCUUCAGCUGCCCUCUGAUGGCCAAGCUGGACAACAGUUGGGUCCGUCUCGUGUGGCAGCAGUGGGCCCAUACAUCCAGUCCUCCACACUGCCCCGAGGUCCAGCCAGACACGACCUGCUUGUAAAGCCAGCCUACCCGGACGGCACUGUCACACUACCAGCUCAAGACCCACCGAGCAAGGCCGGAACAGGUCUUCAGCCUGGGAAGCUGGCAGACUGGAGUUCUUCAAGUCCAGAUUCCAACACCAAUGGUCAUGGCCCAGCCUCAACACUGCCACGAAUGAACUCUCACUCCACCUCUAACUCAGUACAAGAUGAGUCUGAACUGAAGAGAGACAGGAAGGUGCGUCCAUUCUCCAUGUUUGAGCCAACUGAAGCCCCUGCUGCCUCCCUCCGCAAAAAUCAGAGCAGUGAUGACUUGGUCAGGGAUGCUCAAUCUGCUCCUAAAGCUCCAGUCAAGGUGCCACCACCUGUCCCCACAAAGCCAAAAGGCCCUGGUGUGGUGCCUUAUGGUAAACCAGGCCUCAACACGGGAACCUUUCCUAAAGCCAAACCUCACACCCAGCAGCCCCAGGCUGCCCAAGGCCGCAGCCCUCUCCCACCCUCACAGAGUCAGACACUCCCCCUGCCAUCCAAGCAGGACACUCCACCAGCCGCCACAGUACGACCCUUCACCCCAGAGCUGCCAUCCUCCAAAGACGCCAACCUGAGUAAACCACAGACCUUAGCAGCCAGCUCCAUUUACUCUAUGUACACCAAGCAAUCAGGCUCAGGAAAAUCCUUCCAGUCUGGUGCCCAGGGAGCUGUCAACAGACCUCAAAACCGCCCCAAUGGAUUUGUCAGUGUGUAUCGCAAACCGGUCUUCCAAAGUGGAGGCUCUCGGCAUCCAGAGAACCCAUACCUAGAGCGGCGCUCACCUGCUCCAGACAAUGAAGUUGACUACAGUGGAGCCAGCAGUAUGGGUCCCAACCCAUCUGAGGGGCACCAGCCAGAAACGGAGCGCACCCCUCGGCCUCUUAGCCCUACCAAGCUGCUUCCAUUCAUUUCCAACCCCUACAGGCAUCAAAGUGAUGGUGACCUUGAAGCUCUUAGAAAGAAGCUCUACAAUGCCCCCAGACCCCUGAAGAAGCGCAGCUCUAUUACUGAACCGGAGGGUCCAGCAGGGCCCAACAUUCAGAAACUGCUCUAUCAGAAAACCACUCUGGCAGCUAUGGAGACCACUGUGAACACGCCAACCACUCCCACCUAUGCUGGCGAAUCUGAGAAGCCGGCUGAUGGCUUUGUGGGGCAGUAUGACUCGAUUCCGCUGAGUGCCGCUGAAAAUUCCCCAUCAGACAUGGGACAGACUGUGGAGGGAGGACAGCUCCCAUCUCACUCUGCAGGUGCCAGCGUCCCAAUUCCAAACACAACAGAGCAGACCAAACCACCUUCACCCAUCCCAGAGAGUGAGGACAUCAUCCCCCCUCCUCCUCCACCCCACCCAGCACCCAGGCCAGAUGAUGCGUUGUUCCCACCACCACCACCCCUUCUUGGCUUGGAGGACACAAUACCCAACCUGCCUCCUCCGCCUCCGGAGGGCUUCCUGGAAGAGUUCCCCCCCUACCCACCACCACCAUACCCCAGUGGAGCAGAGCAGGAAACCUUGGGAGAGGACACCUUUAAUAUGAAGGCACCUGAGGUCACUGGACAGGUCACCCUACCACCGGGAAAGAGGACCAACUUACGCAAACCUGGUUCUGAGCGCAUCGAUCACAGCAUGAGGGUGAAGUUCAACCCUCUGGCUCUGCUUUUAGACUCUUCUCUGGAGGGAGAGUUUGACUUGGUUCAGAGGAUCAUAUAUGAGGUGGAGGAUCCAAGUCAGCCCAACGAUGAAGGAAUCACUGCUCUGCACAAUGCCGUCUGUGCAGGACACACAGAGAUUGUCAAGUUUCUGGUUCAGUUUGGCGUCAACGUUAAUGCAGCAGACAGUGAUGGCUGGACACCACUCCACUGUGCUGCAUCCUGCAACAAUGUGCAAGUCUGCAAGUUCCUGGUGGAGUCAGGUGCAGCCGUCUUUGCUAUGACUUACAGCGACAUGCAGACGGCAGCUGAUAAAUGUGAAGAGAUGGAGGAAGGCUAUACCCAGUGCUCUCAGUUCCUCUAUGGUGUGCAAGAGAAGAUGGGUAUCAUGAACAGGGGCGUUGUCUACGGUCUGUGGGACUACGCUGGUGAGAACCCUGAUGAGGUGUGUUUCCGUGAGGGAGACUGCAUGACCAUCAUCCGCAGAGAAGAUGAAGAUGAGAUAGACUGGUGGUGGGCACGCCUGGGUGACAAAGAGGGUUACAUUCCUCGCAACCUUCUUGGGCUCUACCCCAGAAUUAAACCAAGACAGAGAACCCUGGCUUGAAAGGCCAUGUUCAGUUUGUAAGAACUAUGAAAAAUACAUGCAGUCACUAUGAGGCUUUAACAGACCGGAGAGGAAAAGGACACUGCUGAAAUGAAGAGAAAAGGACAAACCAAACUAUAUGAAGGAUCAACUAUUUCUGGCACUUUCCUGUAACAGUAACUGAGGGAUUCUCCCUCUUUUUUUCCCAGGACACACGAUGUGCUUAGAUAGUAAGCUUUCUUUUCCUUUUUUGUUUUUCUUUCGUAAUUACUAUCCAAAACUAUAUCUGAAAUUAAAUCCACUCAGAUGUUGGGACAUAAAUGGAACAAGCAGUAUUUUUAUCCCUAAAAAGUGAUUUUUACAGUUUCAAAAGUCUUUUAAAAAUAUAUAGUGGGCUGUUUAUUUUCUAACACACUCUUGGGGUCUACUUUGCAUGAAGUCAACGCACAGAUGAUGACGAGGCUUUUAGAAUAGUCUGUUACAUGACAAUCUUUGGCGGCUUGUUUGUCAUCAUCCGUGCUGAGUGACUGUGCCCCAUUAAAAGUGCACCGGAGGUGAAAAAUAUUUUCCGCCCCGGCUGCCACCGUUCUGGGAACACAAACUGAAAUGGAACGAGUGGUGGAGGGUUCAUUGAUAAGGGGUUAGACUUUUCUGUUGUAGUUUCUUUUGUGGUCAAUGAGGCCCAGACCGCCGGUCAGUUUUCCUGCAUAGGCGCCUGGCUGAGAUGCCACAGAGGCUGUGCAUGCACCUGUUUCAGGCACAGAACACAAAUAGGAUGUAGCAGUAGGACUUCACUUUGCAUAAAGAACUAUUUUCAACAAAACUAAAUUUUUCAAACUCUUUUUGACAAAAAUCUGAAUUGAUGCAUUGUUUUUUCAUUUAUUUAAACCAUUACUUAAUAGAACAGUAAAGCGAGUGCAAAGUUAAAGCAUUUCCCCCCCUUUUUUAAUGUUUUUAUUUCAUUUAUUGGAAAAGAGAUAACAUAUUAUGAAGUCAGAAUGUCUAAGUAAAUCAUGUUCUGAAAGCAAGAAAAUAUAAGUUAAAAGUAAAAAAAAAAAGAAAUCAUGAUACCCAGCUCACCACAUAUAUGUGCGGAUGUAUUUAUUUUUGUUACCUUUUCUUUAGCCCUUUGGUCAGAACUAUAACCACAAUUGUAUUGUAGUAUCUGAAGCAUUUACAAUAAAAUACUUUCUACUAAA